AUGGCGUCCAUACGUGAUUGCGUCACUUCCCUGUGCAGCCUUUCUCUAGUGCGCAUGCACGGCCCCAGCCCGGUUUCAAAAGCAUCAUGGCGUCCCUGUCGAUGGCCCCGGUCAACAUCUUCAGAUCUGGAGCAGAUGAGGAAAAAGCCGAAACGGCUCGACUGUCGUCGUUCGUGGGAGCGAUCGCCAUUGGAGAUCUGGUGAAGAGCACUCUAGGACCGAAGGGGAUGGAUAAGAUCUUGCUGAGUGGAGGGAAAAGUGGGACGGUGACGGUCACCAACGACGGAGCCACCAUCCUGAAGGCCAUCGGGGUCGACAAUCCAGCCGCCAAAGUUCUGGUCGACAUGUCCAAAGUCCAGGACGACGAGGUCGGCGAUGGGACCACCUCAGUGACCGUGCUCGCCGCAGAGCUGCUGCGGGAGGCGGAGCUUCUGAUCGCCAAGAAGAUCCACCCACAGACCAUCAUCUCCGGGUGGAGGAAGGCGACGCAGACGGCCAGAGAGGCUCUGAGGGAGGCGGCGGCCGAUCACAGCAACGACCCGGCUCGUUUCCAGGAGGACCUGCUGAACAUCGCCCGCACCACACUGUCCUCCAAGCUCCUGACCCACCACAAAGCCCACUUCUCCCAGCUGGCCGUGGACGCCGUCAUGAGGCUGAAGGGCUCUGGGAACCUGGAGGCCAUCCACGUCAUCAAGAAGCUGGGCGGCAGCCUCACUGACUCCUACCUGGAUGAAGGUUUUCUGUUGGACAAGAAGAUUGGCGUGAACCAACCAAAAAGGCUGGAAAACGCCAAGAUCCUGAUCGCAAACACGGGCAUGGACACCGACAAGAUCAAGAUCUUCGGCUCCAGAGUUCGCGUCGACUCCACGGCAAAGGUGGCGGAGAUCGAGCUCGCCGAGAAGGAGAAGAUGAAGGAGAAGGUGGAGCGCAUCCUGAAGCACGGCAUCAACUGCUUCAUCAACAGGCAGCUGAUCUACAACUACCCGGAGCAGCUGUUUGCUCAGGCCGGCGUCAUGGCCAUCGAGCACGCCGACUUUGCUGGCGUGGAGCGCCUCGCUCUGGUCACAGGCGGGGAGAUCACCUCCACCUUCGAGCACCCGGAGCUGGUGAAGCUCGGUCAAUGCAAGCUGAUCGAGGAGGUGAUGAUCGGAGAGGACAUGCUCAUCCACUUCUCCGGGGUCGCCAUGGGUGAGGCCUGCACUGUGGUCCUGCGAGGAGCGACUCAGCAGAUCCUGGACGAGGCGGAGCGCUCGCUCCACGACGCCCUCUGCGUUCUGGCUCAGACGGUGAAGGAGCCGCGCACCGUCUACGGUGGAGGUUGCUCCGAGAUGUUGAUGGCCAAAGCUGUGAUCGACCUGGCCAACAGGACGCCAGGCAAGGAGGCGGUUGCCAUGGAGUCGUUCGCGAAAGCGCUGACGAUGCUGCCGACCAUCAUCGCCGACAACGCCGGCUACGACAGCGCCGACCUGGUGGCCCAGCUGAGAGCUGCACAUCAGGAGAACAAGACCACGUUUGGACUGAACAUGUACCAGGGCACAGUGGGAGACAUGGUGGAGCUCGGCAUCACCGAGUCCUUCCAGGUGAAGCGGCAGAUGCUGCUGAGCGCCUCUGAGGCGGCGGAGAUGAUCCUGAGGGUGGACAACAUCAUCAAAGCUGCUCCCAGGAAGCGAGUCCCUGACCAUCACCCCUGCUGAAGGGCCACGCCCCCCAGGAAGGAGGAAGUGUAGUUAUUUAUCUGCUGUUUGUGCUGCAGCCGCUUCUCGUCUGAAGAUGUAACCUGACGUCAUUUAGAGAAAAGUUCUGUUCUUGUUAACUGAAAUAAACGACCCGAUCUCCA